UUUGUGCCAGAAGAUGAACGGCCUGUCCAUACGAGAGCUUUGCUGCCUCUUUUGCUGCCCCCCCUGUCCCAGCCGCAUUGCAGCCAAACUGGCUUUUCUCCCUCCAGAGCCCACUUAUGCGUUGCUCCCCGACCCAGAUCCCGGAUCUGGAGCAACAACCGUGUCUGCCGCCAACUCUGGAGCUGCUCCUCCGUCACUCGGAGCGCCGGGACUGCGUUCGCGGCUGGGUAACGCUGGUGGAUCAGACAGAGGAGGCGGUGGAGGAGGCGGUAGUGGCGGUGGAGGAGGAGGAGGAGGCAGCAGCAGUGGCGGCGCUGCCACCACCAGCAGCACCAUCACUGGUCCCGAAGGCAGGUGGAAGUUGCACCUCACAGAAAGAGCCGAGUUCCAGUAUUCGCAGAGAGAACUGGAUGUGACCGACGUGUUCCUGACCAGAUCUAGCCGAGGGAACAGGGUUGGAUGCAUGUACAUACGCUGUGCUCCCAACGCCAGGUUCACAGUGUUGUUCUCACAUGGCAACGCCGUAGACCUGGGUCAGAUGAGCAGCUUCUACAUCGGCUUGGGCACCCGCAUCAACUGCAACAUCUUCUCCUACGACUACUCAGGCUAUGGCGUUAGUACCGGCAAGCCAUCUGAGAAGAACCUUUACGCAGACAUCGACGCUGCGUGGCACGCCCUUCGCUCUCGGUAUGGCAUCAGCCCUGAAAAUAUCAUCCUGUAUGGACAGAGCAUCGGCACAGUGCCCACAGUAGACUUAGCAUCGAGGUUCGAGUGCGCUGCGGUGGUCCUUCAUUCUCCUCUCACCUCCGGCAUGAGGGUGGCCUUCCCUGACACAAAGAAAACUUACUGCUUUGAUGCGUUCCCCAACAUCGAGAAGGUUUCCAAGAUCCCGUCUCCAGUGCUCAUCAUUCAYGGUACAGAAGACGAGGUGAUCGACUUCUCCCACGGCCUCGCCCUGUUCGAGCGCUGUCCCAAGGCCGUGGAGCCCCUCUGGGUGGAGGGGGCCGGCCACAACGACAUCGAGCUUUACAGUCAGUACUUGGAGAGGCUACGGCGCUUCAUCAACCAGGACCUGGCUGCGCAGCACGCCUGAGAAACAAGCAGCCUCUACGUGUUUGUAUCUAUGACACUGUGUAUGUGGGUGUGGGUGUGUGUGUGUGUGUGUGUGGAAGCAUGUUUGCAAUGAAUGCAUGAGUGAUUUUUGGUCACAUCUGUGUGUCUUUAAAGCAGCACACCUACAGGUUCAACACAAACACGACCGGCGUUGUGUUUCCUGUUUUUAAAGGUGACAAAACAUUUUUUAAGACGUCAUUAGCUUUAUACAUUUGUACAGUGUUGGUGAAACACUACAGAACUGGUGAAGUCAUUUCAGAGCUGCAAGCGUCGUAGGACGACGUGGAAUUGCAGCUUUAAAACACGUCGACUUAAUUCAAUUGAUAAGCGAGAGAUUUUUUUUUGUCCACAAAGGCACACAGAUGUAAUUCUGAAGUGGUGUUGGUGAGUAUGCUGUGAUUGUGUGUGUGUGUGUGUUUUCAAACCUCUCUGRAUCUGUGUGCACACAUUGGUAUGCGUGAGUGAAUGUAUGUAGAAAUGAAGGACAUCCUGAUGACUUGGAAACCUAGAGUAGUGGAAGGCUAAUGAGGACAUCAAUAUUGAUGUUUUUUUUUUUGUUUUGUUUUUUAAUCAUGUGAUUUGUGUAUAAUAAUGAAGAAUACCUCCACAGUUUGAC